AGUGAGCCGUGAACGGGUGACUUUAUCGUUCGCCCCCUUUCUUACGUCCUUCGUGGAAGCUUGAAGUGUUAAUUGAUACAACCUACGAAGAUGCUGAAACACGUGCAGAUUUCGCCGAUGCGCAGCCGAUCGGAUUCGCUCUCGAUGCGGUCGUCGACCUCCUGCGCUUCGUCCCUGUGCGGAAGUCCUGAACCACCCGGUGAUCAGCUACGCAGCCAUUCGCGGGCGUCCAGCUAUUCCAGCCUGAACGAAACCAUCCCCCAGACCACCAUCAAAAUCUACACGGCAUGCCUGCGCCAGGACAUUGAAUACAAAACGCUCGGAAUCUCGUACGAUGCAACCAGCAAAAGUGUCGUCCAGCAAUUGCUAAGACGAUGCAAAUUGCGACACCGAGACCCGAGGCUGUUCUAUCUGACGAUGGAAGUAACCGUCCGGCGACCGGGCGUCAAAUCCGUACUUGAACUGGACGAUGAAGCUCGGCCAGCACUGUUGCAGGCUUGCCAUCCCAAGGGCGACUCCAGAUUUUGCUUACAGCAAAAACCUGGCGGUCUGAUUCGGGUGCACACAUCGGCCCUGCAGCCCAACUCGCAGUACAAGUCGCUGCUAAUCUCGGAGGAAACUACCUCGGAUGAGCUGCUGGCACUGCUACUGUCCUGCUACAGCUCGCACGAACCGGUCGAACAGUUCAGCCUGUACGAAGUGUGCCCGGGCCAGGAAUACCAGCGUAAGCUUCACCCGGACGAUCUGCCGCUAAAAACGCAACUCCAACGACAGCAAAAGAACGAAAUCAUGCACUUCCUGGUACGACGCAACCCUAACUAUCCCCGCCGACGGCAAAUGCUAGCUCCGAUCUCGGAAUCAAAGCAGUUUAUCAUCAAUUCUGGACUGAAUCAGCAUCGGUUGUCCCUGCAUUCGUCGACCUUUCCGCUAAGCGCCGUUACGACACCGACCAACACCCUCAUCUCGGACAUUGUGGACGGGGUUUCAUCCCUUAACAACCUGAAGGAGCCAAAGAGUCUGAUAUUAAGGGAAUCCUGUUUUUCCUCUUCCUCCUCCUCAUCAUCUUGCUCUUCCACCUCCUCCUCCUCGUCCUCCUCGUCUUCUUCCUCGUCAUCAUCAUCGUCAGUUUCCAGCUGUUCGUCAUCCUCCUCCAAUCGAAGUGACAGCGAAAAAGAGGACAACAACAACGAUGAACGAACUACCUGUCAGCAGUGCGAACCAUCAACCGGUUCGCAUUCCUGCGGUCAUUCAGAGCAAACCGACGACACCUGCGUGCAACCCCCGGCGAUAAAAGCGAAAAACCUGGAUCGCUUUCCACUGGCACCACCACGUCCUUCCAAAGCUUCCCUGCUGCCAUCGCUGCUGAUCGCUCCGAAUGUUCCCUCCUACAAUCCGGUCUACAACAUCCGGGAAAUCCGUACCGUGUGUCAUUCCUUCUCCUCUCUGGGAAUCGACAAGAAGCUGGUCGACAUUGAACGGCUGACCGGAAACUGCGACACCAGCGCUUCGAACAACCACAACUCUCUCAACUGCAAUAUCACGAGAAACAACAUAGUUAAGGAAGCCGUUAACACUAAUCCCGUAAAGGGAGUGGGUAAUUUCAUUUACAUCUGAUGCAACAAGUGUCAAUAGCUUCGCAAAAGUCAAACGAAAACUUUCUCCAGAAAGUUUCACAGCACGACAUCGAGAACGAAAAUACCGAUCGAAACACGUGCACCGU